UCAUUUUUAAAAUAUUAGUGAUAUAUAAUAUGCAAAUUGGAUUUGAUAUUCAUCUUCUGCGUAGUAAUUAAUAAAUAAUAAUAAUACAUAUAUUUGAAAAUAUAAACACCUCUUAAUAGAUUUCAAUACACACAAAUGAAAAGUGUUUUCAUUGAAUGAUGAAGCAGUUUCAGUGACUGUUUCAAAUCGGAAUAGUUUGGAUGUCCGGUAAAUUUUAGGAAUUAUUGAAAAAAUUUUAUGAAAUAUAACUUGUGCGCAAAAAGUGACUCAAAUUUUGGAUAAAAAGUAUAAUUGCCAUCAAUAAAAAUGUCAGAAAAGUCUCAAAAAUAUAAGUGGCUUUCUUUAGAAGAUCGUCAAGAAAUUUUGGAAAGUUUCAAGUUACAUGAAGAGAAGGGUAUUAAAAUAAAUUAUGCCGAAAUUGCGAGAAAAUACAACGUUACGCGGUCAACAAUUUUUAGAAUGAGAAAUAUUUCUCGUCUACAAUUGGAUAAUACUGUUCACGAAAAACGAAAAAAAAUGUCAAAAAUUUCGAUUCUUGAGGACGUGCUGUACGAAUGGUUUAAACAAAAAAGAGUAGCUGGACAAAUGAUAACAUCUCCAAUUUUGCAAGAAAAGGCAUUAUUAAUCAAUAAAGAAAUGGACGCUGAUCCCGAAUUCAAAGCCAGUAAAGGAUGGUUGACAAAUUUUAAAAAUAGGUAUAACAUUCGCUCUAUUACAAUGCAAGGAGAACAAUUGUCCGCUGAUUUUGAGAGCUCUGUCGAAUUUGUAGACGAUUUAGCAUUGGUAAUGCGCGAGGAAAAAUUUGAAUUACAUCAAGUGUAUAAUGCGGACGAGACUGGUCUUUUUUGGAAAAUGAUGCCUCGGGCAACCUUUGUCACCGAGUAUGAAAAUAAAGCUGAAGGCUCUAAAAUGUCUAAAGAACGCGUAACUGUCAUGGUUUGCGCGAAUGCUGAUGGCAGUCACAAAAUCCCUCUGUUUGUAAUUGGUAAAUCCAAAAAACCUAGGUGUUUCAAAGAUAAGAAAGGAAAAUCAUACAAGGUCUUAUUAAUUCUGGAUAAUGCGAAGUGUCAUUUAUCUAAAGAAGACAUAGAGUCUCUUUCCGAUAUUUGUACUGCUUUAUUUCUUCCUCCAAAUGUAACUUCUCUUAUUCAACCUAUGGAUCAGGGAAUUAUAGCUAAGAUGAAAAGGCAUUAUAGAAGAAGCCUGUUGAGGGACAUGCUUUUGGAAAAAAAUGAAGAAAGUCUUCUACAGUACAUAAAGGGUUUAAAUGUGCUUAAUUGUUGCUCGCUUAUCGCAUUGGCAUGGGAAGAUGUAAAUGCGACAAAUGUUUCUCGAGCUUGGAGGAAGUUGAUACCUUCUUGUGACAUUGAUAUUGAAGCUAGUAAUGUUUCUGUCGAUGAUAUUCUACAAAUUUUGUACAGACUUCCUGGUUACCAGGACAUUAAUAUCCAAAAUGUUCUUUCUUGGCUUGAGGUAGAUAGUGAUGAGACUGGUUGGAGUUUAGAAAGUAUUCAUCAGAUUUUACAACGUUAUUCUUCUGGAGUUGAAUCUUCAAAUAAGGAUAAUGGCGAAGAACAAAUGACUGAAGAUUUAGAAUCUGAGGAAGAUAUGGAAGAUAUUGAUCCAAUUUCAGAAUCCGGAAAUAUUGUUACGGAAGCAGAUGAAGCUCUAAAAUGUUUAAAUACUUUUCAAGAAUGGUAUCAAAGGCAGUGGAAGUGUGAUUCCAAAAGUUUAAUAUUCCUUCAAAGAUUGAAGAAUGAGACUAAGGAUGUUGUGGCUCAUGUGAGAAAUUUAUUUUUAGACGACAAUACAAAAUAA